AUGAUGCACCCGGGUGAAAGAAACAAGCACCAGCACCACCACCCAGUCCAGCAAGAAUCCUACAUCCCACUACCGAGUAGUUCGUGAUAGCUUAGCUUAACCUUUUCUUUACCCAGGCCAGCUAGUGCUCCCCUCUCCCCACCACCACUACCAUCAUCAGCUCCCUGCUCCUGCCCUCCUUGCUAAUCACGCACGCCUAAUGCCUCCUCCGUCCCCUGCCUCUCCGUCCUCUUCUCUUCCAUAUAUACAUGUCCCAAGGAUGCUGGUUGCUUCAAUUCCAUGAGCUAAUAAUAACCUGAUCGAGCAAUCUCGUGUAGUGUAGCCAGCUGCAUCGAUCGUUCCCUUAUAUAUACUACCUGUGAGGCUCCGCCCUGGUCGAUGAUGGCGUGGCCGAGGCAAGGAAGAAGCCCGCACAAGCUAGCAAGCAUACUGGGAGGUGCCAUGGACAUGGCGCGAGCCGCGUGACCCAACAAACCUAGCUAGGGAGUGAGAUCAGGAGCGUCCGUGCACGCAAAGAUCGAUCGUGGAGGACUCGAGAAGGUUCUUGAUCGAUUGGCUUCUUGCUUGCUGCUCGAUCGAUCGCCGGAGGACAUCAGCAUCAUGUGGAGCCUGGUGCGGCAGGGCCUGCGGUGGGGGCGCCGGCGGCGGACGGCGCGGGUGGUCGACGAGAGCGCGCUCGGCGGCGACGACGGCGCCGCCGCACCGGCCGUGGGAGGCGCGGCGGUGGCGGCGACGACGACGCUGGGCGGCGCGCUGGCGAGGGCGCUGCUGGCGAUGGCGUGCGCCAUCCGCUUCGACGGCGAGGACGGCGGCGCCACGGAGGAGGCGUGGGCGGCCAGCGGGUGGCGGCCGCGCGCCGACGAGGUCAGCCACCUCAUGGUGCGCGAGAGCAUGCGCUACGCCAUCUACGCGUAGCCGUGCGUAUUUGCUUGUGUGGUACUAGCGUACGUAGGAUUCUACGUCCGUAUAUACAUACGUACAGCGUAUCCACGCAUGUACCAUUGGUAGUGGUAGGUGUUAAGCAUAUGUACUUAGGUUGAGUUGGUGCGUAGAGGUGUAGAGAUCGAGUACUGUAUCUCGUAUUAUUCUUGUACGUAUGUACGCAGUGGUCACUACUAGUAGUCUACUAGUAGCAUAUAAAGUUAAAAGUUCCAUGGUAACUACUCAUUGUUCC